AUGGGAGAGCUUCGCCGGCAGCUGGUCUGCUUGUGGGCCCCAUCUCAGGCCCCUGCUGCUUCAAUGGCUCUUCUAGCAAGAGCCUGCAGCUCUCGCAUGAGCGUCACGACGCUUGGCUUGUGGCUUCGCCGAAGCACAAGCUCCCAGGUGCAGGCAGAGGCAGAAGGCGCAGCUGAAGGCGCAGCUGAUGUGCAGAACGAGAAGCCCCAGAGAGGAGUUAGAUCCUGCCGGACAUCGCAGAGGAGGGACCCAGGGGCCUUGAUUGAUUUCGAGUUUAUUGGCGGGGCCCUGGAGCCGCAUCGUCAUGCCCGCGAUGCUUCUGACACUUGGAGUGGCCUCAGGGCAACAGUGGAAAUGACUUUGAACCGGAGCAACUUGGAUACUCACUUGUGGUGGCGCCAUGCAGCAGAUGCGCGCAAGCGCUUGCUUGAGUGGAAGUCGACGGUGCAGACAUCUGAAGAUGCCAUCGAUGCAACGGCUGUGAUUGUGUCCUGCGCGCGUGCGGAAGUCGAGCCGCGAACCGGUGUUUACGCCUCCUGGAUCCGGGCAGUGCUGGCAUCUAGCGGAAGAUAUGCAAGAAGACCACUGUUUUCUCUCGGUGAAGUGUCGGCUGCUGCUGCCUUUCUGGGCAAGGCUGGAGCGCUGCCUCCUGAUGCGCGCUUUUGGCAUGAUGGCUUUCCAUCUAUUAUCAGAGCUGCUGGUGGCCUUUCCUCCUCCGAGAUGGCACAGGCAACUGCGGCCUAUGCCUGCAUCAGCCUCUCAGCUGCUGCUGGUCAUGCAGGAGAGGCCGUGUUCGACUCGGUGGAAUCCCAGCUGGCUUUUGUAGAAGUUUCUGCUCAUGAGGCUGCUGUACUUAUUUGGGCACACAGACGUUGUGGGCGACUCUGUGCGUCAAGAUUUCGUGAUCUCUGGGUGAGGUCCCUGGACGGCAGGCUCAGCGAAGUGAGCACAGAGCUUCUGGCAGCCCUGGCGCAUGCGAUGGCCAGUGUCGGGCUGCCCGGGCCCAUGCUCUCAGAGACGAAAAGUGCAACAGCAGCUUCACAGCUGUUGCAGUCGCUGAGCAGACGCAGCACGAAGCCACCUUCGGUGGACCUCCUUUGUCGCAGUGCUGGGGUGUUGGCAGAUGCAGGUUUAGUGAUGCCUUCGGAUGCGUGGAUGGUGGUUGAAGUAGCCGGGCCGAUCCUUGCGCAGAUAUCCGACCUGGGGCGAGCGGAGCUCUUCCGCAUGCUAGCCAUACUCGGCAUCGACGACCGGCCCGCUCUGUCGCUCCUGCAAGAAUGUGCCUCACGAGAGGGGCUGUGUGCAGAAACGCCGCAAGCGUUCGAGCCAAGCGCUGCUGGCUUGCCUACUGCACAGACUCUUGGGAGAGGCCGUGAAUCGCCGGCCGCUUCGCAGGCGGCCGCGGCUUUUCUGGAGGCUUCGGCUCUGCUGCCAGGCGGACCGACGCCGGAUGUGAUCGAGAGGUCGUUGGAGGCGCUGGCCGGAGCCAGCACCUCGACACAGCUGCGCUCGGUCUUGGCACUGACUUCGCUGGGACAUUCAACUGCAGCGACCAAGCUAGAGGCAACGCUUUGGGAUCGCCCCCUCUUGUGCUACGAUGCGGCAGAGGCUGAAGAGGUCUUGAGGCUAUUGCCAGCCCUGCCGUCUCAACCCAGCAGCAGCCUGCUCAACGAGAUCAUUGGCUUCCUCUCUGAAGAUGGCUCGAGAUACCAACUCUCAGCAGAUCAAGGCGCAAGCGCAGUGCUGUCAUGCUCCCUUCUCGACACAACUAUGGACGUGUGGCAGCUCGUGGCUGACGCCGACGGAAUGGUUCCUGAGGCGCACAUCUCAUUCCCGGCCUUGCUGCAGCUUUGCCUCGCAGCCGUACUGGAGGCUUCGGAGGCGUCGCUCGAGCGCUUGGACCAGGUCGGAGUCCUGCCUCUCCUUCGCCGGAAGUCCGAGCAGCGCGGGAGUCACUGCAGCACCGGUGCUGAGCUGGUCCUUCUGCAGCUGUUGCAGGCCGUCUCCCAGCGUGACUAUGAUUGGCCGUUGGAGUUGAUCUCAAAGGUCUGUCCAGCUGUGGCAGUCAGGCCGAGACCUUGGCUUCACUCGGCGGAGGCGUCGAAGCGAACAGAUGCGUGGCUGCAGCUGUUGCUGACCGAUGAUGAUGGAUUUGCGUCGGUGGAACCGCUGGCGGGAUGCGUGGCGAUUGGGUCUGCGAGGAAUCGGCUUUCCUGCGCCUUGCUGAGGGCUGUGUUGACCACGAUGGCAGGUGGCCUCAAAGAGGAAGGUGCGUGUCCGGCCAGGGAAGGCAAGACUCUGAGUGCAACUCCUGCGGCUGCUCUUGCCGGCGUCGUGAUGGAGUUGGAUGACUAG